AAAGCCAGACACCGCAGCGGUUGACAAGUGUUCCCACAUUUUAGUCUCUUUCCGCGCGCCGAGUUGUCUGCUCCCCUUUAAACCAUCUAACCACCAUGUACGGUAUUCUCUUAGAAAGCAUUGUGACCUUUAUAAAGAAAGUCUAUAGUGAAGAGAAAUGGGAGCUGAUCCGCAAGAGCGCUCGUGUCGACCAGGAGAACUUCAGCGCUCACCAAGUGUACGCGGAAACGAUCAUCCCGCGCAUUGUCGACGCUUGCAACAAACAUCUGGGUUUGCCGAAGGAGGACAUCCUGAUCUCCUUUGGGAAGACGUACGUGGACUUUAUCUCGCACUAUGGCUACGAUAAGAUUCUGAAAGUGGUGGGACGCAACUUCCGGGAUUUCCUCAAUGGACUGGACAACAUCCAUGAGUACCUGCGCUUCUCCUAUCCCAAACUGAAACCACCCAGCUUUUUCUGUGAGCAGGAAAGUCGGCAGGGUCUGGUACUGCAUUAUCGCAGUCGGCGCCGUUAUGAUGGUUUCACUUACUACGUCAUGGGAAUUGUCAAAUCCGUCGGGAGGACUUUCUACAAACAGGAUAUAUCUGUCAGCAUUAUAAAGCAGGAAACUACCGGCAACAUGGUACAUGUCACCUAUCAGCUUAGCUUUGACAAUUCGGCGUAUUUCGCGGAAGAGGCGAAAACGGAGAACACCCAGAACCUUCCAUUGCGAAUGGAUGUGUUUUACGAUCUUUUCCCGUUCCAUAUUUUGUUUGAUCGGGAGAUGAUUAUUCGCAGCAUUGGCAAGAGUCUGCGAGCGACGGUUGACGAGAUCUGUGGUUACGAUGUUACCCAAGUGUUUUCACUCAAGAAACCAUUGGUAGAUUUCUCUUGGGAUGCGGUUAUUGGCCGAACCAACACGAUGUUCGAACUGGCGACCAUUGAUCCCAUUCGUGGUCGGGAAGAGACCGGCGAAGAGGACGAAUCUUAUACAUGGACGGAUACAAACGGCAAGAAACGUACGUCAGUCGUGUCCAUCUCGCAAGACGACGAUUCUGGGACGUUCUUACGCCUCAAAGGUCAAAUGUUGUAUGUCCGGGAAUGGGAAUCAAUAUUAUUUUUGGGAACGGCAGUGCUGCAAGAUCUGGAUGCGCUGAGCCAAACUGGAUUGUAUCUAAACGAUCUAAGUAUGCAUGACAACAGUCGCGACUUAGUGCUUGCGGGCGCCCAACAGGGUGUGGAAAUGAAACUGAUUCUAAAGCAGGAACAAUCGCGCACGAAACAGCUGGAUGAUACACUGCGUCAGCUGGAAUCCGAGCGGCAUCGCAGCAAAGAACUGAUGUACAAAAUGCUACCUAAACCCCUGGCGAACGCUCUAAUGGCCCGUAGCGAAAACAAAGAUGUCGAACUGACUCCGAAUGAUGUUGUUGACUUGGCCCAACAGGCCACCCUGUUCGUUUGCGCCGUCCAAUUGGUGGACCUUGGUCAACAGGCUGCUGACUCACCACAAUCGGACAAUCUGCAGCAGCUGAUCCAACUGCAGCGCCAGAUGGAAAUGUUCGCCGAACGAUUCGGCUACUACAAGAUCGAGACUUCUCGCAAUCAUUUCAUGGCAGCCAGUGGAAUCCCAACCGGCACGGAAGUGACCGAAGAGAACGCCUGCUUCUUAGCCAAGAAAGUUUACCGCUUUGCUGCCGGAUUGUCCCGGCUUCGCGUCAGCAUGGCGGUAUGCACCGGACCGACUGUGUACGCCGUUAUUGGGUCGCGGUUUCCGCGGCUUUGCUUGUUCGGUCAAACUGUCGCCACCGCAACGCAAAUGAUCGAGCUAUGCAAGCCAACAGAAAAUCAACCUCAAAUUCUGGUAUCGGAAUCAACACGGGCUAAAUUACCCAAAGACAGCGGGCAUAAGUUUACAGCAGGGCCUCCGGUGUCCGGAAAGGAUAAGGACAUCAAAACCUACGUCUUGCAACAAUAAUCAACGAGCUCUUAAUUAUGGAUUUGGAUAUUUAAAUAUCAUUGUUUAAUGUUAGUGUAUUGUGUGUUGUGAAUUACCAUUGUGCAAUCCGCGAGUGGAUUACUACGGCAACACCUACAGUUUGUACUGUAGUGAAAUUAACGGUAGUGGGUAUAACCAGCCCACUUUUAUGCCCUACUUCUGCGUUUGAAUGUUGAUAUUUAUUGCGGUGCGUGAUUUUAAAUAUAGAUAUUAUGCGAGUACCUAUGCAAAUAUCGACUACUGAUGCGUCAC